ACAUUGUGGGACCGUCAUAAAAAUGGGAGUCUCCGGCGGUUAUGGCGGUCCGGAAAAACACCUAAGGUCGAGGCAUCCCGUGGAGUUUGCCAAAUACGAGGCAAAAAAGAAGGGACGACAAGAAGUGCAAACCCAAAUUUCUCGGUUUGCUAACAGAGGUAAGGGCGGCCUUUUUGCUUAUAGCGACGAGCAAAAUAAGCAAAAAAUGGCCGAAAUGAUUUGUGAAGAAAAUUUGCCAUACAUGGACUAGAAGCUAUGGGCGGAGUUUUGACAAAUAUUAAAGAAGGAAUUAAAAGAAUUCGGGGGGCUCGUCUUGUUUCAAAAAAAUGGAAGAUUUUCUGUAAGUCUAAAGGUAGAAAAGAAAUAGUUUUUGCAAAAGAUAUCCACAUUAGAUGGAAUAGUACAUACAAAUUGAUUCAUCAGAUUCUAAAAUAUAAAGAGGAACUUGCUGAAUUUUUUAGUGAUGAACUUCGUAUAAUCAUUGAUCCUUUUGAAUUUGUACUUGUUGAAAAAUUGAAUGCCGUAUUAGAAGUUUUUAAUAACGCAACUCUUACUUUUUCUCAUGUUUACCAACCAACUACAAAUACAUUUUUAAAAGAGUGCGUUACAAUCGCAACAUGUUUUCGUGAAAGUAAGGCUGAUCCAGAUUUGUACCCAUAUGUCUCUCCUAUGAUACAAAAAUGGUGUUCUUAUUAUUUGUACAUUCCUGAUAUUUAUAAAAUAGGUAUUAUUUGUGAUCCACGCUUUAAAAUUGAAAAUUAUAAAAUUUUAAUUGAUUAUUACUACAAGUGUUUUUUAGAUGAAAAUAGUUAUUACUACUCUUAUUUAGUAGAAUGGAAAAAAGAAAGAGAUAAUGCUGUAACUUUUUUUGAGAAUUUGUUUGAGGAAUAUCAAGGGUUAUACGGCACUGUACAAGAAGAAACAGCACCACCUCCGCCCCCGAAAUCAAAAAAAGGUUUUGCCGGAAUAGUCGGUGGGCUUCUUGCAAAGAAAGGGAAGCGUGCUCAUUCUUCGACGAGUUCAAGUGGUACAACAGUAAGCUCGCACAACGAACUUGCUAUGUACCAGGGUGUGCCAUGCGAUUACGAUGAAGACGAAGUGGAUUUUGACGUGCUCGGAUGGUGGAAGCGGAACGAACACAUGUUCCCAUCAGUUGAACGAGAAUUCAGUGCUGGCGGCAACAUUCUAACUGACUUUCGAAGUUGUCUUAGCGCUGAAUCUCUUGAAACACUUGUUUGCAACCAAGAUUGGCUCUUGGCAAGACGUCGAGCUCAAGAGUCAACGUACCAACUCGAAUCGGAGCAUUACAUGAAUGCAACAACAGAUGGAAGUCCGAGUUCUGAAGAAUAAGUUAUAAUUUUUUUUGUUAAUGUAAAUAUGUAAUUAGUUUUUUUUAGCUGAGCGAUAUAUAAGCUCCUUCGAGGGUUUCUUUACGGUUCUUUACCUCGUCGCUUUUUUUGAACCGUCAGGAUAUUAAAUGUGGUUGUUCUUU